AAACUCAAGGUCGAAGCGGGGAAAUCCAAAGGCGAGAUUAUGAACUGUUUAGGAGUUGGAAUGCAAAAUUGCAAAUAGCGCCAAACAUAUUUUAAUCCUGAUUUCAGAUGCAAAAUAAGAUAAAUGCAAAUCGGAAUUGAUGCUCUCCAGGUACAGGGCAGCGAUUUAUAUUUCACCGCUAGUGCUUUUUAAGAACUUCAGGAUUGCGUCUUAACCGGAAUCAGUUUGUUAAACACCAGGAACUUCAUCGGAACCCUAGCAGCGAUCACUCUGCUCAAUAGAGAUCUCCUUAUUCAUGCGCAUAUAGUAGAUUUGGUAUCAUUACAGAAACUAUAAUGGGCUGGGAUGCUUCGAGUGGAUGGAACAACCUUGAACCAGAUUACUUUGGUUUCUAUAAAUGUGAGAUAGCGGAAUUACUAUCUGAAGAUGAAGAUUUUCUGCCUUCUUCACUUCAGAUUCCUGUAUCAGCUGAAAAUUUGAAUGGAAACAAGGCUAGCCACCGCAGGAAGGAGUGUAAUGGCGCAAGUUCUUCAUCCUUAUUUUCUAAUUGCAUUGGACCUGAAGUCUCUGGGAUAAAAAUGGUGCAGCUGAAAUCACUGCUUCGUCAAGGUGUUUUUGCUCUUUCAGAGGAAGUUGAUGAGAAGGUGGAUUUUGUUUUUAAUAUAUGCCGGCUACAGUCAUUUCUGAGAUUCAAUGGGAGUUUAAUAACUAGUUCUUCUGCUGGAUCUGACUUUGAUCAAGGGAAUCCUUGUAAGAAGCUCAAACCUUCUACUUUGUCUUCGCCAGCUUCAGAUUGUCAAGAUGUUGGUGUCUCAGCAUCAAGAGGAGAAAUAUCCAACAAUACUGAGAAUAGAUGUACUGAAUCCCAUACUGAAGCCCCUCAGGGGAGAUCUAGUCCAGAGGGGACAAAGCCUUUCCACAAUGCCUGCAGACCUGAUGGCGACAAGGGAACAGAGUCUUUGCUAAUGAAUGAGAAAAAUAGUGAUUGCCUUUUAGGUAUAAAUGUUGGAGCUGCUAAAGAAGAUCAAGACGUUGAUGAUUUGCCAUUCCUCCUCCAGAAUGACAGUUCAACUGUUGAGGAAGUGCUUAAGAAGCAUUCAGAUGAUCUUUCAGUAAUGCUUGAGAAAAUGGAGCAGAAACUUGAAGAACUACUUGAUAUUGUGAUGUCAAAGUGCAGGUUGAUGACCCUUUCUGAGAAACAACAGCUCCAAAGGAUGAUAAAGAACUUGCCACCAAGGAAUCUUGACAGUGUUGUGAAGAUUAUACAGCGUCAUAGGAAAUCGAAUGCAAAUUCAUGCCAUGAGAUACAUAUUGAUUUGGAAAAAGAGGAUAAUGUAACACUAUGGCGAUUGUAUUUCUACAUUGAAGCGGUUGAAAAUGCUAAGAAGCUCCGUAAUGGUUGAUAACUGAUGAUUCAACUCCAAUUGCCAGAGGUGUCACAUGUCUGGUGUAGCAGGGUACUUCAUGCAGUGUCCCUAAGGGUCGACAUUGAUAUGAGCUGCAGCAUGUAUUCGGCCUUCCCUAAGAACUGCUUGAAGCCUUCUAGACAUGCGAUUUGAGAGCGUCAAGUCCAACCCUCAUGUGGAGAAUAUGUGCAUGAUAAAACAUCAGCAUUUUUUGUUUUAAUAUUCUGCCUGAUUUUGUCUGUUUGUUUUAUUUUUGGUUUAUAGACGGGACUACUACAAGUAGUCUAAUGAAUCAAUGCGAGAGCAUGAACCGUUCAAUUUUAUGGAGAACAGUAGCACACUAAAGUUUUGCUUGGCUCUCCAAUUUCAAUUGAUGUCCUCUACAUGUGGAAUC